AUGAGUCGCCAACAGCAAGACCCUCACCAAGGCGGGAGUAUCUCCGACUUCGCCGUCGAUGGCACCACGAUGCCCAACGAUGCCGGCCGAAUGAAUACAAUCCCUUCCGUGCCACGCCCCGACCAGCGCGCCGAGAACCCCGCCUACGACUACGAAGGCACCGCCCAGCCCUCAACCGCCUUCGCAGCCGACAACGACAGAGACCUGCCGCGCUCAACCCGCGAUGUCGGGCAGACAGGCGAGGUCCUCACUGGAACGGGCAAUACGCUGCCCGCGAGCGUUGAGUCGAAGCGUGCGUUCAUGGGGACAAACAUCCCCGGCGGCACGGGUAAUGCGCGUGACAUGAAGCAUCAUAGCCAUAAUCGCAGCCAGUUUGAUCGGUAUGCGAAGGAGGAUGAGGAUGCCGAGGAGAAGAUUGGAGGGAAUAAUUUGCGCAAUGAGUAA